GUCAGGAUCAGGAUCGAGCCCACGACCUCCUGCAUACCGUGCGAGGUAGUUAACAUCUCGCCCGGGACAUGCGGCGGUCUCCUGCACCGAGGAACGAGCAGUGACGGCUCACGCGCAGGACGCCUGCGGUAGCCAAUCUCGCAUCACGUAGUGGCCAGUGGGAGGGGGGGGGGGUAUGUGUGUGGGCGCGUGCGUGUGUGCGCGCGUGUGUGUGUGUUGCUUGGGGCGUGCGCGCGUGUGCGUAGGGCUAAGCGCGUGCCUGGGCUGUGCAUAUCCCUCCGCACAUGCACACGCCUCUUCCCAGCAUCCACCACAUCGCCCCAGCAUCCACCACAUCGCCCCAGCAGCUGAGGCAGCAGCAGCACCACCACCAACCACCACCGCUCGCUACGGAACCCUCCACGGGACACUUGAGCUCGGGGGGUGGGAGGGUGUGGGCUUCAUUCAUGGUCUCCGCAAUCCGUCCCAAGUGGCGCCCAGAGCACGCGCCGUGGUGGCGUCCGCGUGGCGCUGUCCGUUCAGCACCCGCGUGGCUGCCCUCGCUGCUGCUGCUGCUACUGAGCGGUCCGGUGGGGGCGCCAGGCGGGGCGGCCGCCUUCCAGCUGCACGACACGAUGGGCGCCCUGCGAGAGGAGAACGCGGCGCUCAAGGCGAGGGUUGAAAACCUGACCCAGGUCGUGCUGGCGCUCAGGACCGAGUGGUGGAGGGGUGCCCGCAACACAGGGCACGCGGCGGGAAGCAACGCGCUGGCCGCGUGCCAAGACCACGGUCGUCACCACCAGGCUGGGCUCCACAACAGCCCGGGCUCAGCGGGGCCCCGCCUGGCCUCUCCGUGCCACCGCCUCGGCGGCUUCCUUUCCCUCCUCUGCUGGCUGCUCCUGGCCUGUCUCUGAACACCACCGGGACGUCUCCGGAGCGCGCUGCAAGCCAACUCCCUCGAUAAGCCCGACAGCACGCGCACGUGUGCACACCUCAACGUCCCUCACCCCCCCGCCCCCCCCCCCCCCCCCCGAUCGCCAGUCCCUUCUUUUUUGCUUUUCGUGUUGACCCGCCACAAUGGAUCGCCGAGGGGCCAAGUGGCCCGUCGCUCGGUGACAAGAGGGCGAUCCAUUUAUAGAUCAUCAGCAGCCGGGGGAUCUUUCCACCGCUGGAUGAAGGCCGCCGCCACCGCCGCCACUUCUCACGGCUCCGCAAUGUCGCGAUCCGAUGAGCAGCGCCUGCAACGUGGAAUUUUCAUCGCUCCAUCUCCUACCGCCCCCACCCCCCCCCCCCCCCCCCCCCACGUGAUGGGCGUCAUCCCGCCCGCCACUCCGCACCAGCCACUCCACACCCGUUAUUGAGCAUCAGCCCGUUGGCCGUCCUGCCCGAUCCGAUACUCGCUCGCUCGCUUUCCUUCACACUUUUGAGUGCUGCCAUUGAACCUGCGUGUGUGCUCUUAAAAUCCGCGUGGCUCCCCAUUUGCCGUCUCGCCCAAGCGUAAAACUCGAAAGGCAUGCGGCGUCUCUCUCGCUCUCUCUGCAAAACCUUCCAGUUUCAUUGUCGUUGGGCGAUGACCACGUUUCUGAUCCACGUCACCGGCCAAGGAUGAAUUAUAGAUAUCAAAAUUAUAGAUACCAAAAUUAUAGAUGCCACACGCAAAAUGGGUUAAAAAAUAUAAAAGGUCAGUUGCGAUCGAGGGCUAUUAACGGGAUCACCUGCACACAUCUCUCUUCGGUUAUUCUCCCCGCAGUCUUCCUUCAAACCCCUUUGAAUUUUCCCCAAAAUGUAACCGCCACUGCCUCCGUCGCGGCCGCAGCAUCACGAGACGGAGAGACCGGAAAAUCUCGCUGAGCAGAAGCGGCGACCAUCCCCCCCCCCACCCCCCGUGUCAUGACGAGACAAACGGCCCGCGGAAGCGGAUGUCAAGGAGCUACCUCCCGAGAUCCCUUCUUAUUCUUGCAGCGAGACUCUGGUCCACGCAGGCAGUCGCGGGCGGAACUUUCCCCGACGCGCUCUGCCACCAGAGUAAAAUAAGCAACAGCGUCGACAGCAUUUCCAACCCCUCGUAGCCAAUUAGCGCGACCGAGAUGCGUGCGGCGAUCGAUGCGAUUUGAAAAGGGUUGGACCCCCGUGUGGGUUCAUCUGAAACAAAGCAGCGGGUUGCACCGGGCACGUGGGCUGUCCCGUUCCGCCCCCUCGCCACAUCGUGACGACGCCGGUGAUGAUUUUCCAAACAUAUUCUUGGUUUCUUUCGGUAAAGUCACGUAAAUAGAAAACAAAAGAUACUAAAUAGAAAAAUAAAAUAAAUAGAAAAUAAUAAAAGCUAAAAAAAACCGUAUUCUAUUCUUUUUUAUUUUCAUUUUUUUGUUUGCUAUUUACGUUACUUUACUGAAAGAAACCAAGAAUAUGAUUUCCUGCAGCCACAGAAGUUAAGUCAACAUUUUCCAACCACUUUAAAUCGCGAUGCGGCACGCCGCUGCCACCGUCAAGACUCCACCACACACAAUAUUUAAACAUGCGUUUAUUUUCCCAUUACUGUCCUGCCACUGCUGAUUUGUAUAAACUCGCUUUUGAAAUACACAAAUCGCGUUUUUGUGGAAUGAAUACAAAUAUUAAACACGACAAUAAAGAUCCACCCCCCACCCC